UCUCUCUGAAAACGACUCUCUCUCUCUCUCUCUCUAAAUUUCAACUAACUUUCUGCUCCCUCAAUCCGUGCACCGUGCAGUGCAACUUCACAGCCUUCACCCUGCUUCUCUCUCUCUCUCUCUCUUCUUUCUCUUUCUACCUGUGUCGUCUUCGUCGGUUUCAUUCAGAAUGCUCGGAGGAGCUCAAUUGUGCGUCCGUACAGUCUCCGGCGGCGGCGCCAUCGGAGUUCCGACCCCCAGUCAUCAUCAUCAUCAUCGAAUAAAUGCCAUCCGUUCGAUCCCUAAUUUGAAUUCCUAUCACUGCUCGAUGUCUCUUCGGUUCGCCUUCCAAUCCAAGAGGUUUCGUUUCCGCAAACCGAUCCUCAUCGUCCGCUGCCACUCCUCCCCCGGCGGCGGAUCCAGCAAUGGCGACCACGGCGACGAUGAUCAUCUCGAUCUCCGCCGCGACGACUAUCUCCAAGCUUCCUUACUUCUCUCAGAAACGACGUCGCAUUUCCGUAUGCGAAGGCGAGGGUUUCAGGAAGAUUCGAGAGGAGGUAAUUUGUUUCCAUUCUCCAUCCAGAGGAAGGAAUGGCGAGUAGAUGCCAAUUUCGUAGGUCCAGGGUUUCUCCAGCGCUUCCAGAAUCCCACAAUUUUUCUCAAGAUUUCUUGUGAUGGGGAGUUUUUGCUCCCAAUUGUUGUAGGUGAACUUGCUGUAGAGAGACUCUUGGAUGCUCAUUGGGGAGAUGACAAUGAGGAUUCUCCGGACCAGUUCCAGUUUCUGAGAAAUCUUGUGGAAAAGCUUGGUUAUGAAGUGAAUAUGGUACAAAUAACAGAAAGAGUAGUUAAUACUUACUUCGCCCGAUUGUUUUUCAGCAGGCCAGGAGAAAAGGACAUUCUGAGUGUGGAUGCACGCCCCUCCGACGCCAUAAAUGUGGCAAAUAGAUGCAAGGCACCCAUAUAUGUGAAUAAACAAAUUGUCAUAACCGAUGCUAUUAGAAUCAGUUACGGGAUGGGGAGAGUGCGCGAUACAAAAUCUACUUAUGAUGUACAUCUUGACAGUGCUGCAGAUGGUCCUGACCUUUUGUCUCAGGAACUUGAUUUAGUGAAGAAUAUUAACUUAGCUGUGAAAGAGGAAAGAUACAAAGAUGCAGCCAUGUGGAAAGACAAACUACUGCAACUUCGCAAAUUAAUUCACGGGCACUAGCCGAGUUCGGAGACCCCAUCCACUUGUGAUAUAUUGGCAUAUUGCUGGUCCUCUGUGUAUGACUGCUAACCUUUCGGCGUAUCAUUUCACUGUAAAUACUGCUGUGGAAGGAACACCCUCAAGAAUUUCUGCAUAACGAGAGAGUUCCGCUAUGUACAGCUUCUAAAGAUAUAUUGCACAAUAUGUAAAUUUAAAAUCAUAUUGUUCAGCUCAAUUUAUAUUAUGUCUAUAUGUGGAAAUGCAUAUCCUCGGUGAAAAGAAAAAGAGUGUGCAUCCCCAGUUUGUAGCUCUUAGGAGACACGAUGCGUAAGAAAACAGAAUAUCCUCUUUCUAGUUAUACUAUUUAAAAAUCUGAUCUAGUAUGUCGCUGUAAAUAUCUCAUCCAAUGGUAAUGAUACAUUUUUCUUUUUC